CUCUUGAUAUACGCGUGAAGAAUGUAGCACAAACAUACUCGCUUGAGCAUAAGGGCGAAACAAAUCUUUUUGAUCAUCUAUUUGAGCUGCUAAGUUCAAAUGCGAAAAAUGAUGAAAAUUUCCCAAGAGAGCUAGCGUCUUGUACAGGAGCUCUACAAACAUCAGUUAGCCAACACCUGGCAAAGGAGGAGGAACAGGUGCUGAUUCUUUUUUUGAAGUUUGAAUCUUUACUCUUUUUUUUUAUAUACCAUCAGUUGGGCCAACGUGUUAUUCCUAAUCAUUUACGUGUUAUUUGUAAUUGCUUUUUAUGGAUGAAAAAAAUGGAAAGAGAGUUUCUAAAAUAGUUGGUAUUCGUAUAAUAUUUUCUAGUGGUAAUACUAUGACGUGGCUGCAUAUGUGGUUAUACUAUGUCAGUUUGUGAUAAGCUCCUGGUGGUGUUCUAUGGAAAGUAUAAUAACCAUUAAUGAUCAUCACUUUUACUUAUUUUUCCUCAUGAAAUUCCUUAACUAAAUGUACUGGCCAUGCAAAUCCAACUUUGCAAUUUUGGUCUAUUAGGAGCUAUGACAAGUAAGAAAAUCUGAUGAUCACCAUAGUUACUGAACACAAAGUUUCCCGACAAAGUUCAACCACUAAUAUACUGUUAGUUGAGUUUCUGCCCUGGAAUGUUUUCAAUUAGGAGCUACAAAACUGUCUGAUUGGUAGCAAGCACAUGUAUUCCACACAAAAUCCCCUUUCUAUGUGCAUCAAGUUGUCUCUGUUAGUGUGUACACAUAAUUGACUCAUCUCUCUCUCUCUCUCUCUCUCUCUCUCUCUCUCUCUCACACACACACACACACACACACACACAUACAAACACACACACACACACACACACACAUCAACGACAAGGAAACCCCACGCAUCCGCAGUAGGAAGGGAAUGGAGGAACUACGGUAAACUAAGGGACCCCCUGGGAGAUCUUUCUUCAUAUAGUGUGAGCACCACAAUAGCUGUCCAUACGAACUGGAAGAGGUCCUUCCCUUACUCAUUGAGAAAUUUUCAGUUGAAGAGCAGGCAGCUCUGGUCUGGCAGUUUCUGUGCAGCAUUCCUGUGAAUAUGAUGGCCGAGUUCCUUCCAUGGCUUUCAUCAUCUGUUUCACCUGAUGAACAUCAGGAUUUGCAAAAAUGCUUAAGGAAGAUUGUUCCAGAGGAAAAGCUUCUUCAACAAGUCAUUUUCACCUGGAUGGGAGGUAGAAACAGUGUUGACAUGUUCGGAAGUUGUCUAGAUGCCCCUCAGUUCCAAUGUUGUGUGGAUUCUGGUGCUAGCACAUCAAGUCAACAUAUGGAGAAGGAAAAUUCUGCAUGCGAGUGCAGGACUGGGAAAAGGAAGUACUUAGAAUCAAGUACUGAUGUUUCUGAUAACAUUGCAGGGCACCCAAUAAAUGAAAUACUUCUUUGGCAUAAUGCCAUUAAAAGGGAGUUAAAUGAGAUAGCUGAGGAGGCUAGGAAGAUACAAUGUUAUGGAGAUUUUACUAAUAUAUCAGCUUUCAAUGAGAGGUUGCAAUUUAUCGCUGAAGUUUGCAUCUUUCACAGUAUUGCUGAGGACAAGGUCAUAUUUCCAGCAGUUGAUGGAAAAAUUUCCUUUUUCCAAGAGCAUGCUGAAGAAGAAAGUCAAUUCAACGAAUUCAGGUGUUUGAUUGAAAAUAUUCAAAGUGCAGGAGCCAUCUCUACUUCCGCUGAUUUUUAUGCAAAGUUAUGUUCUCAUGCUGAUCAAAUAAUGGAAACUAUCCAGAGGCACUUUAGCAAUGAAGAAGUUCAGGUUCUUCCACUUGCUCGAGAGCACUUCAGCUUCAAAAGGCAGCGUGAACUUUUGUAUCAAUCUUUGUGUAUGAUGCCCUUAAGACUGAUUGAGCGUGUUUUACCUUGGCUGGUUGGAACGUUGACUGAAGAUGAAACAAAGAAUUUUCUCAAAAACAUGCAGUUAGCAGCUCCAGUGCCUGAUUCUGCUUUAGUAACACUCUUUUCGGGAUGGGCAUGCAAGGCUCGUAGUCAGGGUUCAUGCUUGUCGUCAAGUGCAAUUGGUUGCUGUCCUGUUAAAAGCUUCACUGAUAUUGAAGAAGGUUUUGUUCGUUCAGCAUGUGCGUGUUCUUCCGCAUCGUCUGCUAGAGACAGCCUGACACCAGCUCAAGCAAAUAAUGUGAAGAGGCCAGCCAAACGAAAUGUUUCUAUGUCAUGCAAACACAAUGGUAGUGACCAGUCCUGCCGUGUCCCAGGUUUAGGAGUGAACAGCAAUAAUCUUGGGCCGAGUUCUCUUUUUGGGGCCAAGUCUUUGCGAUCCUUAUCUUUCAGCUCUGGUGCCCCAUCACUGAAUUCCAGUCUUUUUGUCUGGGAAAUGGAUCAUUCUUCUUCUGAUAUUGGCUGUGGGGAACGCCCUAUUGAUACUAUUUUUAAAUUUCAUAAAGCCAUACGCAAAGAUUUGGAGUAUUUAGAUAGUGAAUCUGGAAAGCUUAGUUAUUGUGAUGAAACCACUCUUCGGCAGUUCAUAGGAAGGUUUCGUUUACUGUGGGGAUUAUACAGAGCGCAUAGUAAUGCGGAGGAUGAUAUAGUGUUUCCUGCACUGGAAUCCAAAGAGGCGCUUCAUAAUGUGAGUCACUCAUACACACUGGACCAUAAACAGGAGGAGAAAUUAUUUGAAGAUAUCUCAUGUGUUCUGUCGGAGCUUUCUCACCUUCAUAAAAGCUUGCAAAAGGAUCACAUGGACGAGGAUUCAGCUGGAAGUAGCAUUGGCUUUUCUGCUGCUAAUGGUAACUACUCUAAAAAGUAUGACAAGCUAGCUACGAAGCUUCAAGGAAUGUGCAAAUCAAUCAAGGUUACACUAGAUCAGCAUAUUUUCAGGGAAGAACUGGAGCUGUGGCCAUUAUUCGGCAGACACUUCACUGUGGAGGAGCAAGACAAAAUAGUUGGCCGCAUUAUUGGGACCACGGGUGCUGAGGUGCUCCAAUCAAUGUUACCAUGGGUGACUUCUGCACUUACUCAGGAUGAACAGAACAAAAUGAUGGAUACGUGGAAGCAAGCAACUAAAAAUACAAUGUUCAAUGAGUGGCUUAAUGAAUGCUGGAAAGGAAUUUCAGAAUUAACUUCACAGACUGAAACAUCGGAAAGUAGCACUCCUCAAAAAGGGGUUGAAUUUCAAGAAAGCUUGGAUCAGACUGAUCAGAUGUUCAAACCUGGUUGGAAGGAUAUUUUCCGUAUGAAUCAAAAUGAACUUGAGUCAGAGAUCAGAAAGGUUUAUCGUGAUGCGACUCUUGAUCCAAGGAGAAAGGCAUAUCUUGUGCAGAAUCUUAUGACUAGCCGCUGGAUAGCUACUCAGCAGAAGUUACCUCAAGAAAUAGCUGGAGAAUCAUCUAAUGGUGAAGACAUGGUUGGACACUCACCAAUGUAUCGAGAUGCUGAGAAAAAAGAGUUUGGGUGUGAACACUAUAAAAGAAACUGUAAACUCCGAGCUGCUUGCUGUGGCAAGUUAUUUACGUGUAGAUUUUGCCAUGACAAUGUGAGCGAUCAUUCAAUGGAUAGGAAAGCAACAUCUGAAAUGAUGUGCAUGCGCUGCCUGACCGUUCAGCCUGUUGGGCCAAUAUGCACUACACCUUCAUGCAAUGAACUCUCCAUGGCAAAGUACUACUGCAAUAUAUGUAAAUUUUUUGACGAUGAAAGGACUGUGUAUCAUUGCCCAUUUUGCAAUUUAUGCCGACUUGGAAAGGGUCUUGGCAUUGACUUCUUUCAUUGCAUGACAUGCAAUUGUUGCCUGGGGAUAAAGUUAGUGAACCACAAGUGCCUGGAGAAGAGUUUAGAAACAAAUUGCCCCAUCUGCUGUGAUUUCUUAUUCACAUCAAGUGCAACGGUUCGAGCUCUGCCUUGUGGCCACUACAUGCAUUCUGCUUGCUUUCAGGCAUACACUUCCAGUCACUAUACUUGUCCAAUUUGCAGCAAAUCUUUGGGAGAUAUGGCAGUUUACUUUGGCAUGCUUGACGCAUUAUUGGCUGCCGAGCAGCUUCCAGAGGAAUACAGGAACCGUUGUCAGGACAUUCUAUGUAACGACUGUGAUCGAAAGGGUACCUCACGGUUUCACUGGCUAUAUCACAAGUGCGGGAACUGCGGAUCUUACAACACCCGGGUGAUCAAGGGGGAGACAUCAUAUACCGACUGCUCAACACCGAACUAAAGACAGGUUUUAUUUUUUGACAAAGAGAUGUAUACAUGUUGGUUUGUAGAUACUUGUACAGGCAAUUCAAUUUUCCCGUGACCAUAAAACUGGUUAUUUGACAUCCGACACAGCAAAUUUUGUAGAAGCCUGGUAAGUAUCAUCCUGCCUUGGUUUUGAGACAUUCA